AUGGUACAUGAUUAUGUAAGAAUAAAUAAAAUUGAAUUGGAACAUGGGUUAUGUGUUGAAGAAUACUAUUCAAAAAGGUCAGGAUUAAGGAUAAUAUUAAACAAAAUAAAUAGUCCGAAAAUAUAUGGAUAUUUUACAUUAUUGACGGAAGCAGAAAAUGAUGAAGGAUUACCUCAUACUUUAGAACAUUUAAUUUUUUUAGGAAGUUAUAAAUAUCCAUAUAAAGGUUUAUUGGAUGCUUUAGCAUAUAAAUGUUUAUCCGAAGGAACAAAUGCAUGGACAAGUAUUGAUCAUACAUGUUAUACAAUUGAAACAGUAGGGAUUGAAGGGUUUAGUAAUAUUUUGCCAAUAUAUUUAGAUUUUAUUUUAAAUCCAACACUAGAAGAUAAUAUGUUUUUAUCAGAAGUUCAUCAUUUUUCAGAAGGAGGUCAUAAUGGUGUUGUAUAUUCUGAAAUGAAAUCUAUUGAAAACGAUUGUGACAAUAUUGCAGAAAGGGCAUUAUUAAAUAAUUUAUAUCCAAAUAAAAAAAGUGGGUAUAGAUUUGAAACUGGUGGUACUUUAGAUGGUUUGAGAAAAACUAAUAAUAAUCGAGUCAAAGAAUAUUUUAAAAAGUUUUAUAAAUUUAAUAAUUUUGCAGCUAUUAUUUUUGGAAAUUUUGAUAAUGAUCAAAUUUUAAAUAUAAUUUAUGAAUUUGAAACAUAUCAUUUAAAUUUACAUCCUGAACAAGCAAGGCAAAAUGAUGACUCGUUAGGUAGCGAAAAAAAAAUAUCUGAAAAAAAAAAUGAUAUAGAUAUGUUUCUUCAAGAUAUUCAAAAUAUAAAUAGACCAUGGAAUAAAAAAGAAAAUGUAGAAAAACGAGAAAAAUCCCAUAUUGUAAAAAAAUAUUAUCCAUGCAAUAAUUUAAAUAAUGGGCAAAUAAGUUUAGCAUGGAGAGGGUGUGUAUGGAAUGAUUUUAAAACUAAGCUAGCUCUUACAUUGAUUGGUAAUUAUUUAACAGAAUUAACUACUUCCCCUAUUAGUAAAAAGUUAUUAGAGGAUAAAGAAAACACCUUUUGUAGUAGUCUCGAUUUUUCAGUUGAAGAUUUAAAAGAAAAUUAUUUUGUAAUAGAUAUUUAUGAUGUUGUCCAUAAGUUUAAAGAACCUAAGAAUGAUGAAAAACGAGAAAUUAAUGAAGUAGAAGAAAAAAAAGAGAGUAAUGAAAAUAAUUCUAAAAUGGAAGUAGUAGGAGAAAUAACAAGAGAAUGUAUUAAAGAAGUAUUUGAUAAUCCAUUAAAUAUGACAAGAUUGAAAAAUAUAAUAGUUCGAUCAUAUUUACAACAUUUAAAAGAUUUAGAAACUAUUCCACAAUAUUUAUUAAUAGAAUUAAUUAUAAAAUAUUUUAUUUAUGGAAAAAGUGUAACUGAUUUAGAGAACUCAUUAAAUUUGAAAAAUAUAUAUUUAACAUUAUUAGAAGAAAAGGAAAUGUAUUGGAAAAAUUUGAUUGAAGUUUAUUUUUUGAAUAAUCCAUAUGUAGAAGUAAGAUGCUAUCCUAGUUACAAAAGAGCAAAAGAAAUCGAGCGUUUUGAAAAAGAAUUAAUAAAAAAAGAACAUGAAAAAUAUGGAGUUGAUAAAUUAAAUGAAAUGGUAAAGCAUAUUAAUGAAAUAAAAGAAGGAGUAAAAAAAAAACCACCUCAAGAUGCUUUAAAUAUUGUUGAUUUUUCAAAAGCAAAAAAUGUAAUAAUUGAUGGAAUCACUGUUUUUAGAAAUUUUGAAUCAGUUGAAAAGAACGCAACAAAAGAAGAUGUAAAAAAUGUUGAAGUUUCAAAAGGUGAACUAUUAAUAAAAAUUGAUGAAGACAUGAAAAAGGUUAUAUUUCCUGUACAGUUAAGUCAAAUUGAAUCCAAUUUUGUUUCUCUAAAUUUGUUAAUCAAUUGUAAUAAUAUUGAUGAUGAAUUAAAAAAAUAUUUACCUUUGUUUAGCUAUUUAAUUUUUGAAACAGAUGUCGAAAUAAACAAUAAAAAUAUAAAAUGUGAAAACUUUUUAGAGGAACUAAUAAAAUAUAGUAUUAGCUAUGAUUGUAAUUAUAGUUUAGGGGGAAAUGCCAAAACAUUUCGAUCUGGAUGUUUAGGAAAUUUAUUAGGUAUUCAAAUUGUUGGAUUAGUAGAAAAUUAUGAAAAAUUAUUUGAUCUACUAUUUUUAUCUAUAUUUAAAAUAAACUUAUCAUUGGAAAGAUUAGAAGUUAUACUCAAAUCAGAGUAUCAAAAUUUAUUACAAAAAAAAACACAACCUAAAACUUUAAUAUUAAAUUUAGAAUAUGUUUUAAGAUAUGUCCAAAAUAGUAAUGCUGGUAUUGUUUCUAUAGGACAACAGGAAUUGAUUUUACAAAAAAUAAAAGACAAAAAUAAUUUACAAGAUCUAUUAUCAAAAUUGAAUAAGCUGAAAAAUCAAUUAUUUAAACUAACGAAUUUUGUAUUAACUAUAGAUGCAAAUUUUUUUAAAAUUAAUAAUAUUUUUUCAUGGUAUGACAGAUGGUUUACUAAUUCAGACAAAAUUAAUUGUCAUGUAAAAUCACCAUAUAUCGACAUUUUUGAUCCUGAAAAAAAUCAAGAGAGUUUUGCAAAAAGUUCAAGUUCUAAAUAUUUGUGUAGCAAAGCUCAGGAAGUUACCUCGUCUCCAAAUAAAAGUUGUACUCAUCAAUCAGAUUGUGACAACACUAGCACAUCUGGAAAAAGCCAAAAAUACAUUUCUAUCGGUACAUGUGUUCAUAAAAAUUUGUUUGAAUAUUUAAAUAUAGUAUUUGAGAAAGAAAAUAAAGAUUUUAAAAAGAAUGUAGCAAAUGAUAAAGUAUACAAUGCAGUAGUAUGUGGGAUAAAAAGUACAGAUGUGUCAUACUUAAAUUUAACAGUAAAAACAGAUGCAGGAUAUAAAUCAAAUGAAUAUCCAUGCUUACUAAUUUUGAGAGAAUUUUUUUCAAUGACAGAAGGUCCAUUAUAUAAUACAAUUCGAGGAGGUGGAUAUGCAUAUGAAUGUGCUUUAAAUUAUAAUCCUAUAUUAGGUGAAAUAACUUUACGUAUUUAUAGAUCUAGUGAUAUUGUAAAUGCUUUGAUAGAGGCUUUAAAAAUUUUAGAACAUUAUUGUGAGCAUGAAAUGAAAGAUGAUGAAUUACAUCUAGCUAAAAAUAGUGCUUACUAUACAAUAUUUAGUAAUCAAGAAGUUGCAGCAGAUAGAGCUUCACAAACUGUUUAUUUAAGUUUAAAAAAUUUAGAUUUAAAUUUUUAUCAGAAUCUGUUGGUAGAUAUUGAAUCUGUUACAUCUAACCAACUUUUAAAAGUUUGUAAAAAAUAUAUUAGUAAAAUUGUGAACUUUAAAAUAGAUCAAAAUAAUGCAAUUUCUGGAUCAACAUUAUCAAUUAUUACAUCAACAGAAAAAGUAGAACAAAUCAAAUCAAGUUUAAAAGAGCAAAUUAAAUUUGGCCUUAUUAAUAAUUUAUCAAUAUCACAGCUUUUCCAUUUAUUACAAACUUAUGAUAUAAAUUCCGCUGUUCAUUUUUCAUCAACUACAAAUAAUUCUAUAGACAAUGAAUUUAAUGAAAACAAAACAGAUGAGGAUUAUUCAACUUCAGAAGUUACAUCUCAAGAUAGUCAAGAAAGUUUUUCACAAGGAAGUCAAUCAUGUUGUUCUUCCUCCCCAUCAGACUUUUCAUUCUGUUCUGAAGAUGAUUCUUAUCCUGGACAAUCCGAUGGAUAA